CUCAGAAACCGGCCCCGGAUCGGGAGGCGGAGCCGGGGCCGGGCGGGCGGCUGAGGCCCGAGCGGCGGGAGCGGAGCGCGAAGCCGGGCGCCGGGUCGGAAGGAACCGCCGCUGCUGCCGCCCGCCGGGCCCCGCAGCCCCAGGCGGCCCAUGGGGCGGGCGCGGGGACGCUGCGGGCGCGGGCAGCCCUGGGGGGUGGCCGCUUAGGCGCUGCGCUCUUGUCCCCUCAGGUCGCAGCCAGGGCGGCCGGGCGGCCCAGCUCCGGCCCCGGGAGCGCCCGCUGCGGUCCCCGCCUCCAUGGACGCCUUCAAGGGGGGCAUGAGCCUGGAGCGGCUGCCGGAGGGUCUGCGGCCGCCGCAGCCACCGCCGCACGACAUGGGGCCCGCCUUCCACCUGGCCCGCGCCGCCGACCCCCGCGAGCCGCUCGAGAACUCCGCCAGCGAGUCGUCGGACACGGAGCUGCCAGAGAAGGAGCGCAGCGGGGAGCCCAAGGGGCCGGAGGACGGCGGUGCCGGCGGUGCGGGCUGCGGAGGUGCGGAGGACCCCGCCAAGAAGAAAAAGCAGCGGCGGCAGCGCACACACUUCACGAGCCAGCAGCUGCAAGAGCUGGAGGCCACCUUCCAAAGGAACCGCUACCCCGACAUGAGCAUGCGGGAGGAGAUCGCCGUGUGGACCAACCUCACGGAGCCGCGCGUGAGGGUCUGGUUCAAGAACCGGCGAGCCAAGUGGCGGAAGCGUGAGCGUAACCAGCAGCUGGACCUGUGCAAGGGCGGCUACGUGCCGCAGUUCAGCGGCUUGGUGCAGCCCUACGAGGACGUGUAUGCAGCCGGCUACUCCUACAACAACUGGGCCGCCAAGAGCCUGGCGCCAGCGCCGCUCUCCACCAAGAGCUUCACCUUCUUCAACUCCAUGAGCCCGCUGUCGUCGCAGUCCAUGUUCUCGGCACCCAGCUCCAUCUCCUCCAUGACCAUGCCCUCGAGCAUGGGCCCGGCCGCCGUGCCCGGCAUGCCCAACUCGGGCCUCAACAACAUCAACAACCUCACCGGCUCCUCGCUUAACUCGGCCAUGUCCCCGGGCGCCUGCCCGUACGGCACGCCCGCCUCGCCCUACAGCGUCUACCGGGACACGUGCAACUCGAGCCUAGCUAGCCUGCGGCUCAAGUCCAAGCAGCACUCGUCGUUCGGCUACGGCGGCCUGCAGGGCCCGGCCUCGGGCCUCAACGCCUGCCAGUACAACAGCUGACCGCCCCGCCGGGCCACGCGGGCCGCAGGGCGCAGGGGCGGAGGACGCGCGCGGGGCCCAGCUCGCGGCUCCCGGCCGCGCGCCUGCACCGCCCCUUCCUCCUUCACCCCACUCUGGGUUGGUUUUGUGUUUGCUUUUCUGGACCCCACUCUGCCCUCCAAAACCAGUCAAAAAAGAAAAAAAAAAAAGACGUCGGAGCGAAAUGCCACGAAAAAAACGGAUGAGUUGCAAUUUCCCUCGGGAUGGUGCGGAUGGUGUGUGUGCGCUCCCCUGGGCCGCAGCGGCCCCUCCGCGCAGAGGGCGCGGGGCGGGAGGCCCGAGAGGACGCCCGUGAAGCCCGCGUUCCUGCCGCGCUGGGCCCGGGCUGCGCCGCCGGGCCCGUGAACUGGACGCUCCCGGGACCCGGGAUCCUGGCCCCGGCCCAGUGCGAACCAAGAUACCCUCUCCGAGCUGGGCCUGGCAGAACGAACCUUAGCUAGAUCCGGAUCCGAGUUGGAGCGGGCGUUCAGCCGGGGAUGACGGUGUCUAGCCCGGGACCGAGGACUCGCCGAGGAGCCUCGCGCGGCCCUGGCGCGCCCGGGAAAACUAUGUUAAGGCUACAUCGCCGCAGCUGGCAGUGAGAGGAUGGGGUGGGCUCGGCUUCGGGUACCCAAGCGUCGCCGCAGGCCCAGGCCCUCUGCUCCGCUCCCAGACUGGGAGGUGGCCCCUUGGUCCCGGCGCAGCGCCGCCUCACCUCCCGCCGUGCCAGAGUCGAGCCGGGAGAGCUCGGGGCGCGGCCAGGGCCUCGCGCCGCGCCCACUUUGCACACCCGCUCUCCGGCCCGCUCCCCUGUUUACAGCGUCCCUGUGUAUGUCGGACUGACUGUAUAGAAUUAUAAAUCUGUCUAUAUCGACUUGUCCAUGUACGUCUAUUAAAACCAUAGUACG